GAUGUUACAUGUGUAUAAUUGAAUUUUCCAUGAAAUGCGCUGAAUUUCAGUUGUGAAAAAGGAUGGAAAAGGGGGGGAAAACAAUCAGUAGCAUAACGUCAAAGCUCGACGGUUCUCUGGCAGAGGUUCAAUCUGGUACGUAAUUGGGGCUCCUAUCUUGGGUGUGCGGCACGAAUGCCAACGCAUAAAAAGAGAGCUGGUGGCUAAUACAGCAGGACAAACCCAUCCAAAAUGAGCCUCUCCGACAAGGACAAACGUCUCGUCAAGGCCUUCUGGGCGAAGGUCGCCCCAAAGGCUGAAGUGAUUGGCCAUGAUGCCCUGUACAGAAUGCUUUCGGUCUACCCUCAGACCAAAACUUACUUCUCCCACUGGCCGGACAUCAGUUCUGGUUCUGCCCCCGUGAAGAACCACGGAAAGAAGAUAAUGGGAGGACUCGCAGAGGCUGUGGCCAAAAUCGACGACCUCGUUGGUGGUCUGCUCACCCUUAGCGAGCUCCACGCCUUCCAGAUGAGAGUGGACCCUAAUAACUAUAAGAUCUUGACCCACUGCAUACUCGUGGUGCUGGCCGUCUAUUUCCCGGAAGACCUCUCUCCAGAGGUUCACUUGGCCUUUGAGAAGUUCCUCACCAAUGUGGCCCUGGCCAUGUCUGAUAAAUAUCGUUAAAUAUUUACACACCUUUUGGAAUGCAAUGGUGGGCUCAUUAGCUCAGACCUAGGCAUGACGUACCAAAAUAAAAGUGACCAAAUCUGGACAAAUGUUAACGUGUUUUUGUGGUUUUUCCUCACAAGAUGCGCAGAAUAGGCCACAUUAUCCUUAAGAGAAAUACUUAUAGCAAUAAUACAGACAUUUCUGCAAUGAUAUUUCCAGAACCCCAUAGUAAACUCGGGAAAUUAGGACACUACGGAAUUGUAGGUUAUAAGUCAGUUCUAUAGCAAUAUGGAAAUGUUAUACAGCAGUAUAGAAGUCUUAAAGUGCAUUAUAGUAUUUCUCUUAACUCUUAAAGGGGGCAACCAUUUGUAUUUCGAUGACAGUUGAAAGUGUCCUGAUCUGUUGGUACAGAGAUGAAAUAAUUUCACUCUCCAAGGCCGUUUAGAAUUGCCCAGGAAGCCAGAGGGUUGUGUUUGAUUGUUUGUUUGUUUUUAAAGGUUUGUGUCAAUGAAGAUAUCUGCGUAAAAUAUCUUUAGAAGACGUUGGUGGCUUUACACCCAUAUUUUAUAUUUGCAUUUAUUUCAUGUAUCAAGCCUAUUCAGACGUUUCACGA